AUGGACUUGGCCCUGCGCAGCUUGCAGGCCGUCAGCAGCGAUAUCGUGCACUUGCUGGGACGCCAGCUGGAGCGCUGCGGGCCAGAGCAGCUCAAUUGCCCUGCGUGCCCGAGCUGUCCGCUGCUGCAGUGCCCCGAGCCGUCGCUCUCGCUGGGCACCUUCAUUGUGGGGCUGCUCGUUGGUGUGCUGUCGGCAGCGACCGCUGGAUUCUUGUGGAAGAGGGUGGGGUCGAGGGCCCUCGCCUACUACGACCCGCGCGAUGACUACUGGCACGAGAGGAUCAUGCUGGCGCACAUUCAGGACUUCCGCUUCGUGGUGCUCACCGCGGACUGGGACAUCUAUGAUGAAGACAUGUCCCAGGCGCUUCGCCUGCUGCCUCUGGGUCCACGGGGCGGCCUUCCCGUGCCGAGGCCACAGGGGCACAUCCUGCGGGUGGACAACGCCCGCCUCAGCGUCGAGCUGCAGCAGCUGUGCGACGAGGCGGCGCAGCUGGCCUUGGACAUCCGCGAGGAGGAGGGCUUGCCGGCCCCAGCGGCGCCCCAUGGGGUGCUUGCCGACGGCGAGGCGGGGGCGCUUGCCGAGGCGCCGGCUCCUGCGGCGCUGGCGGCUGCCGCGAGGCCCGCUGGGCCAGCGGUGGGUGGCGCGGCCGCUGCCGGCGCCCUGGCGGCGGCGCCGGCCGCGCCGCACAGGGCGCCCGCGGCCGGGGCUCUCCUCGCCCCAGCCCCGCCGCGGCCCGCAGCGCCGCCAGCAGACGCGGUCUGGCUCGCGGCGGAGACGCGCGGGGGCUUCACGGCCGGGGCCCCUAUCCCGCCGGAGCUCCUCGGCGCGGAUGGCCAGCCGCAGGUCGUUCUGGGCGACCGCGGGGUCGUGGCGCUGGCGUCAGGCGUCUCACUGGCGGUCGCAGUGGCGGACACCCUGGAGGCAGGGGCGGCAGCGGUCUCCAGCAGUGGGGGAGACCUUCGCACGCUGCCGGUGCUCUACUCACCAGCUGGUGGCCGCUCCAGGUCCUUCCACGACGCCGUGGCCAAGAUGUCCACCACGCCCUUCCCAGACUGGCGCAUCAAGGGGCCGAGGACCGCUGCCUGGCUGCUUGAGAAGAUCUCGGAGGCGGGCUACACGCCGCUGCAGAGGUUGCAGGAGCUCACCACCUACGACCAGCUCAACGCUGGCGAGCUGGUGGUGGUGGAGAUCCUCUGCCGCCGCUACCAGCUCUGGGAGGAGCUUUACGCCUCGAGUCUGCGCGAAGCCGAGGCUGGCCAGGACGCUGCACCCUGGCUCGAUGAGCGAUCCAUCUUCCUCGGGCAGGACAGGAGCCGCGGCUCAGCGCUUGUCUGCCCCGCCUUGGAGAGCUGGGUGGCGGAGAAGCUCCGAGAGGAAAGUGCCAUCCUCAAGGAGCGCAGGCUAAGGCACGCGGCCGCGGGCGCGGCCGUGGCGCCUGAGGCGCCCCCUCGCGCCGGGGAUGCCCCCGGCCUCGGCGCGAGUUUGCAGGGGAGGCGAGGCGUGCUGAACGAUGCCACCUCGCUGGGUUUUGGCGAUGACAGUCUCACGCAAAGGGACGCGCUGCCCAUCCCGCUCAGCUUCGAGGCGCUCCAGUGCUUGAAGGGGUUCUCGGCCCUCGACGGCGAGCUUUCGCUGGGGCAGCGGCGCAAGGCCGCGCGCUGCAGGCGCCAGGAGCGCUGGAUGCUGGAAGGCGUCUCGGCGCUCAACGAGCUGGGCGGGGGUGGUCGGUUGGCUGACAGCGGCGGGCGGCUUAGCUUGGCGCAGCGCUCCGCGUUGCAGCAUCUGGGUGAGGUCUACGCCGCGGUCCCGCCGAAGACUGAGGAUUGCACCAACCAGGAGGCGUUUCAGGCGCUUCUGGGGCUUCGACCUGGCUAUGCUGAUGAGCCAGCCAUCGGGGCGAGAGCCGGCUACCAGCGCGGGAGGGUCUCCCUUCCUUCUGGCGGUGCUGGGCGUGUCGAUCUUGUUCGACUACUUCCGCCGCACCUGCAGUCAGCGCUGGAGUCCGGGCACGGGUUAUUGCGCUCGGAGCAGGAGGCUUCUGCUGCUCUGGAGGAGGCUGACGUCACGUGUUACGUCGACGGCAAGCUGGCCCAACGGGGCUUUGACUACGGACGGUUUCUGCUCGAGCUGUACGACGCAGGGAUCGUUGAAGUUUUGGACUAUGAGUUAGAUCGGAAGGCUCUGGGGCCUGAGCUUGCGGCGCGACCCAAGAUAGCCUUCCGUGUGCGAGUUGUUCCCAUGGGAUGGAACUGGGCCGUCCACUUUGUGCAGUCUGCCCACCUGAACGUGUUGGCUUCGAUCUCUCCGAACAACCAGUGGCUGGUGGACAAGCAGCCUGGGACGUGCCUCUCGGACAGCUCUGCUGCAGCCAAGGUCUUGUACAUAGACAAUUUUGCGGCCAUUAGCACCAGUCGCGAGACAGCGUUGCAGGUUGUCAAUGACAUGCUGGGCUCGUUCACCAGUGAGGGCGUCAGGGCGUCGCUUGACUUGGACGUCGUCCUCCUCGGCUUCACGCUGGAUUCCAAGGCCGCCAGGUGGCGCCCCGCACCCAAGAAGUUUUGGAGGGUGCAUGGCUGCAUCUCACACUUGCUGGAGCCAGGAAGGCGUAUCACUGGGCGCCAGUUGGAGAGGCUUGUGGGCCACGUGGUCGCGCUGCUGCUGCUGCGGCGUGAGGCUCUCAGCCUCCUCAGCGCCGUCUACGUCUUCAUCCGGUCGACCUACGACAGGGCGCAGCCGCUGUGGCCCAGUUGCCGACGUGAACUCAGGUGGGUGCUUGCGUUGUUGCCCACGGUGUUCGCCGACAUGGAGAGGCCUUGGCACGCUGAGGUAGGUGCCUUUGACGCGUCGCCUUGGGGCGCGGGAGUCUGCACGGCGCGCUGGCCUUUGAGCGCGGUGCAGGCCGCAGGCAGGCAGCCGGAGAGGCUGCGCUUCCGCGGGCCCCUCGCCUCAUUGGUGGCUCCGCGGGACGCUGCCCUGGCCGCUGACAGCAUCGAGCUCUCUGACCCCGCCGCGCUCCUGCUCGGCCGCGCGGCGGGUUUCGCCGAGGUGAGCGCAGAGCUGCUGCGCGAGGCGACCUGGAUCACGGCUGUUGCAUGCAGAUGGAGGCGUCAAAGUACUAUCCACAGGCUGGAGAGCUCAGCAGGGCUUCUCUGGCUGCGGCGCGCCUCUCGCAAUUCGAGAUGCCACGGGCAUCGCUUGCUGGGCCUGGGCGACAACAUGUCGAUGAUUUGCGCCCAUGAAAAGGGCCGUGCAUCCGACUUUGGUCUCUUGUCCGGCUGCCGUUGCUCCUACGCCAUAUCGGUCGCCUGCAAUCUCAAGGAGGUCCGCACGCCCCAGGCAGCGCCGCCGUUCGGCCAGCCAAGUCUGCCAGAGGUGGGAGGCGCUUCGCCGACCCGGAAGCGAGCCGUUGGUGGUGGCGAAUCCGCAAGGAUCAGAGCGCAGCUGCCGCCGCCUUCCGCCCAGGAGCGGGCCCGCUUGCUGCCCCGCCAGGGCUUUCUGGCAGCCAACAAGGUGCGGCCGUCCACUCAGGUGCUCUACCUGAAGGUGUUGCGGCUGCUGACAGGCUGGCUCAUGGUGGACGCUCUGCCCGACUGGCCUGUGGCGGCCUGGGACGCAGCGCUGGCCGACUUCCUGCUGUGGGCCUUCGACCAGGGAGUGGCGCGGGCGACGGCUGCAAGGCUUGGCGCCGCGGUGCUGUGGGGGCACUCGCUGGCGGGCUGGAAGAGCCUGCAUCCACCAGGCUCUCGUCCGCCUCUUCCAGAGCUUGUGGUUCGCGCAGCGGCAGCUUGGCUUGGGCACCAGGGCGAGUUUGCGACCGCCUUGUGCGUCAUGCUGAUGUUCGAGGGCUACCUGAGACCCUCGGAGGCGCUGGCGCUGCGGGCCGCCCAGCUCACCGGCCCGUUCGGCUCGGCCACCAGCGCGGGCUCCCACAUGUCGGUGGUGGUGCAUGCUGCAGAGUUGCAGCAACCGGGCAAGACAGGCGAGAUGGACCAUACCGUUGUGCUCGACCUCCCGCGCCAGCAGGCCCUGGCUUGGGCCUUGGCGCGCCUGCGCGACUCCCGCCUGGGCUCCUGGCACCCGCUGUGGGACUUCGACUACAACCUCCUCCAGCGGCGGUUUGGCCAGGCGCUCGCGGCUGUGGGAGCCAGCUGUUUAGCAGGCACGCUCUACAGCCUCAGGCACGGCGGCGCCAGCCACGACCGCCUGACGGCCAGCCGCACGCUAAUGGAGGUGCAGCAACGAGGAAACUGGCGCGCCUUCAACAGCGUGCGGCGCUACGACAAGCACGGGCGAGUGGCGAUCGAGUGGAUGAAGAUUCCCGCCCCCCAGCGCCAGGAGAUCGAACGGUUGGCUGCUGGACUCGACGCCGCCUGCAAGCUGUACUCGCUUCAGCGGUGA